CGCUCCAAGAUGGUAUUACACAGAUGACAGAACCAUCAGUUCAUUCUAUUUUCAUUCUCAAAUUUUCAAAAGAAAUGGGAAAAAUCAUUUUCUUCCUGAUUCUAACCCUUGUUCUUUCAAAAAUUGUGGCUUCCAGUCCUGAGAUAAGGAGGCAUAGUCAUGGUGUUGGCAGACUUUACUUAACUAAGUUAAUGAAAAAAGAUUCAUCCAUUGAUAAUAAUAGCCAUUUUAGUUUAGCCAUUGAUUAUUUAGAAUUGGAUCAAUUUGUUCUUCCUCAAAAGGGGGUUAAAGAUAAAGAUCAAAUCAAGAGAUUGCCAGGUCAACCACCUGUCAAAUUCAAACAAUAUGGUGGAUAUGUCACGGUCAACGCAUCUGCUGGUCGUGCCUUAUUUUAUUAUUUUGUUGAAGCCGAGAAAUCCAUGUCAUUGCCCCUCCUCCUAUGGCUUAAUGGAGGUCCUGGUUGCUCUUCAAUUGCCUAUGGAGCUAUGGAGGAAGUUGGACCUUUUAGAGUCCACGGUGAUGGGAAGACAUUGUAUAGGAAUCACUACGCAUGGAAUCAUGCGGCAAAUAUAUUAUUCUUGGAGUCCCCAGCUGGAGUAGGAUUUUCAUAUUCAAAUACAAGUUCUGAGGUCGAAUCAAAUGGAGAUAGAAAUACUGCCUUGGACAAUGUAAUAUUCUUAUUGAAUUGGAUGCAAAGGUUUCCAGAGUACAAGAAUAGAGAUUUUUACAUUGCUGGUGAGAGCUAUGCCGGCCAUUUUGUACCUCAAUUGGCAGAAUUAAUCCUCCAGCAUAACAAGCUUGCUAAAAAGACUCUUAUCAACUUAAAGGGGAUAAUGAUUGGGAAUGCAGUGAUAAAUUAUGAGACUGAUAAAAAGGGAAUGUAUGAGUACCAUGCAAGUCAUGGCUUGAUUCCAGAUGAGAUUUUAGAGGAAAUAGAGAGAUACUGCAAUUUCUCGGACAAAGCCCUUCCUCAACCGCACGAGUGCGAUAAUGCCAUUGAUAUAGCUAUUGCUAAUACUGACCCCAUCGAUCUUUACAACAUAUAUGCCCCUUUAUGCCCUAAUUCCGACGACCUCACUGAUAGAUAUACCCCCUAUAAAAAUUCACAAGUGAUCGAUCCAUGCAGUGAUGAUUAUGUUAUUGCCUACAUGAAUCGUCUUGAUGUUCAAAAGGCUCUCCAUGCCAAUGUCACCAAAAUUAAGUAUAAUUGGCAGCCAUGCAGUGAUGUCAUAGCAUGUUGGACGGAUAGCCCAUUAACAAUAAUUCCUCUUCUCAAAGAAGUUAUGGCAAAUGGAGUAAGAGUAUGGAUAUUCAGCGGGGACACAGAUGGAAUAGUACCAUUAACUUCGACUAAGAAAUCUAUUAAGAAGAUGAAGCUUCCUGUUGAAACACCUUGGUAUCCCUGGUUCCACAGUGAUGAGGUUGGUGGAUACGCACAAGUAUACAAAGGUAAUUUGAUAUUUGCUACAGUGAGAGGAGCAGGACAUCAAGUGCCAAGUUAUCAGCCUGCUAGAGCCUUUUCACUCGUUAACCACUUCCUUGCAGGAACAAAGCUCCCCAAUUCUCCAACACACAAAAUAAUAACGUAGUUAUUUCCUGUACAAUCAAUUAUAUAUUCCUCUUUCAAUAAUGUACACCUAGACUUAGUCAAAACAUCGCAAUGAGACAAAAUUAUUAAAUAAAUUUCAU